CCGAGACGUCCUGUCGAUGUCGUGUAAUCAAAAAACAGCUGAUCAAAGCCGUUCGAAUAUGGAUAAUAUAAUGAGGAUCGCGGGAGUCACGGUUUCGGUGCGAGAAUCCUGAAAAACCGAAUUGGCUGGAUUCUUAUCGUGGUGCGUGUUCCUUUUGUCUGUCUUCUGAGUACAUAUGUACGUUUUUAAAGAAUUCCACGGAGAUACAAAUCGAUUCCUCGUAAGACGGAGGGUGUCCUAAGGAGAGGCCGCAUUUAAAUGUCCUCACAAAUUACAGAUACAAAUCGAAUUACUGCAAACAGAAGAUGUUAACAUUGGAAGACCCGGAAUGCAAAGAUUUUUCGAAAAAAACAAUGGAAGAUGAGGAAACUAAUGAGAAAGGAAACAGUGGAGAAGACUACGAGAGUACCAAGUUCCCGACAGUAAAUGGGGAAAUACUCAGAACAGUGCUUCUUUCUGCAGGAGAUGACGAUGAUGUUGUACCUCAGGGGGAUGAUAUAUCCAGUGAACUUUUAUCUAUAGACAAUGAUUCUGAGAUUACUAGCGAAUCGACAGUUAGCGAUUGGGAUGACCUAAGAAAUGACUCAACCUUUGAUUCGUACGAUACUUCUGUGCCUAAUAACAAAGAGUAUUUAUUAAUAACGCAACUGGAAUCGGACAACCAGUUAUUGUCAAAGAAACUGAAUGAUGAACGCCCUCUAACUGAAAAUAAAUCUAAAUCGAAACAUUGUUCUAAAAGACGUAAUAAAGUAUCACUGCUAAGGAAACUAAUACCGAAGCAUGAACCGAUAGUUGAAAUAAAGGAAGAAGAAUCAAUUAUCUCCACUGAUGUGGAAGAACGAGUGCCAACCAUGGAAGAAUAUGAAGAGCCUUCUAUGGAACAACAGAAUCUUGAAGAUUCUAAAGAUAACGUUGCCUGGUUGCAAAACCUCACCCCUUUGCCUUUAUAUUAUACAGAAAAGGGCAAACCUUAUUUGAAAUGCCCAGCGUGCGGCGCGAUGUUUUUUACUUCGAACUCAUUCCAAAAGCAUUUGUAUUCGCACGUGUACAAAGAAGACGACACUUUCGUAUGUAAUUUUUGUAAUUACACGAACACGGAACCCGGGAUGUUGUUUAGCCAUUUGUCGAAGCACCAGGACCAAUGCGAGUUUUGUAACGAAAAUUUAAUGCGUAAGAAUAAUUUCGAGAGACACUGGAACAUAAGAGCGUCGAAUUUCACUAUGAAAAGAGAUCGUCGCGGAAGAUUCGUGUGUACCCUUUGCAAGCUGGUGUUCGAUCUGCUACCGCAGUUAGAGAAGCAUUGGCUCAAGCACGCAUGUAGAAGGGAAAGAAAUUACCAAUGCAAGGAAUGUAGUGGACUGUACGACAGCAGGGAAACGUUGAACAAUCACAAAUGCAUGAAGUGCCCCGUUUGUGGUAAAAUUUAUGACAGUUUGCAACGACUGAAAGCGCACACGAUGUGGACGAAGCACAAUCUCAAGUGCCCGAUUUGUUCAUACGAGUUUAUCCUCACCAUGGACCAUGAAAAGCAUUUAGCGCUGCAUAGGCAAACAUUUAGUUCAAUGACCGAUUACGAACAUUGCUUACAAGCAGCGGACGGCAAGACAUUUCAGUGCAAUCUUUGUGACAAAAUAUUUUAUGCCGUACCUACGUUAGUUUUGCAUCUUCAAGAAGAUCACGGGAUCGAGAACGUGAAGAAGGAAGUGCUGAAGGACGGAGAGCAAAAGGAGGAAUCUAUCAGUGAUAUAAUACUCCGUGAAUACAUAAAAAAUAGUUCCGCGAACUUCAGCACUCGAAGCAACAAUCUAACUUUAACAAAUAAUAAGGUCGGGCUGCAAAACGCGCUAUGAGAAUAAAGCGUGA